ACCAAUUGCGGCAUGGUUUCUGCUGCCGCAAAGUAACUUUUGUAAAUAUGUAAAUAAUAUAAUAAUUACUUUUCUGUAAUUGUUGAAUAAGGAGUAUUUCAACAAUGAUUCUUCUUAAGACGCCCAACAUUUGCCGUCGAUUGUUUCAAUUAAAAUAUCCAAUCAGAGUGCAUUAUGUUUCAAAACAAAUCACUAAUGAAGGUAUAUUCGUCAGAGGUUCUGUUGAAAAUUCUGUUAGAAGUUUAUUUUCUCCCGUUCAGUUCAGACAAAUUUCUCCCUAUUGUGUUAAUCAGUAUUUCAGUCUAAGGAGGUACAAGCAGCAUGACUCUAAGAAGCCAGAAAAUGUCUCCAUCGAUGGUAACGAAACUGAUGAACCCCCUGAAAAACUAUCAAUAUUUCAGAGAUACAAAAAGAUGCUUAAAGAAUAUUGGUAUGUUUUACUUCCUGUUCAUAUGGUUACGUCUGCACUUUGGUUUGGAGGCUUUUACUAUGCAGCUAAAAGUGGACUUGAUAUCAUACCAUUCCUAGAAUACAUCAAUGUGCCAGAACAAUUCAUCAAACCUCUUAGAAACUCUUCUCUUGGACACAUAGCUGUAGCUUCAGCAUUUUACAAAAUAGCUACGCCCGCUAGGUAUAUGGUGACUAUAGGUGGAACGACAUUUGCUGUGAAAUUUCUCACAAAACGAGGACUCAUUCGGCCAGUGCCUACAAAAGCUGAACUAAAAACUAUGCUUCAGAAUAAACUCAAGAAAGAUAGCUUGCAAGAUAAGAAAAACUAGUGGAUUAAAGUAUUUAUGAUGCUGUAUUAAAGUUUUAAUUAUUUUAUA